AUGGCAGGCCACGCAAUGGAGAUCCCUGAAAUUAUUCAGUCAGCCUCAAUUCGGCACAAUCCUUCCGCUGCCCAUGAUAUCAACCCGGCCACCGCGGCCUCCGAGAAACGGCCUGUUGUUGCCGCCCCAGCUUCAGACGCGGGUAGUCUCUCGUCAGAUCUCGUCGAUGAGAGGCAUGUAGUCCGACCUUUGCGCCGACGCCAGACCCUCCCUCCACUUCCAGAUCUUCGCUUCGAACAAAGUUACCUGGCUAGCCUAAAAGACGCAGACACCUGGGGACGAAUUACAUGGAUUACCGUGAGAGACCAGGUCCUUCUGCCACUCAUCCAAGGGACUGUCUGGACACUCGCGCUCUCCGGUUGGAGAUUCUGGAACCGCAACGCCUCGCUUAGUGGACAAACGCUCGGCAGUAGACUUCGGCGCUGGUGGUACGAUGUCAAUAACUGGAAGCUUCCACCUAAAUGGGGCAGCAGCCCGAAGCUUGCUGGUCAAGUUGAAGAAUUUUACGAAGCCCAGUUCUCCAACGCCGGUUCCGAUUAA